AUGGCGCGUUUCGCCCAGUAUGCUUUGGCUGCCUCAGAAGAAGCUCUUGAAGAUGCAGGUUGGAAGCCCACUUCGUUUGAACACAGAGAAUCUACGGGCAUCUGUCUCGGAUCCGGAAUUGGCAACUUCGAUGAGAUCUAUGAUACCGUCGUGGCAUAUGAAAAAGGAGGCUACAGAAAGGUGUCUCCUUUAUUUGUCCCGAAGCUCCUCAUCAAUCUCGGCGCUGGCCAUAUCUCCAUGAAGUAUGGAUUGAUGGGUCCAAACCAUGCGGCUACAACCGCAUGCACCACUGGGGCACAUUCCAUUGGUGAUGCUGCUCGCUUUAUCGCAUGUGGUGAUGCGGACGUGAUGUUAGCAGGCGGUGCCGAAUCCUGCAUCCAUCCGCUAGCUGUUGGAGGCUUUGCCCGGGCGCGGAGCCUCGCAACGAGCUAUAAUGACGCUCCUGAGAAGGCGUCCAGACCUUUCGAUGCGGAUCGCGAAGGGUUCGUGGUCGGCGAGGGCGCGGCAAUAGUUAUUUUAGAGGAGCUAGAGCAUGCAAAGGCAAGAGGUGCACGUAUCUACGCCGAGUUGAGAGGCUAUGGCUGUUCGGGUGAUGCACAUCAUAUAACAGCGCCCAAAGAAAAUGGGGAAGGGGCCUUCAUGGCAAUGAGAAAAGCUCUAAAGAACGCUGGCAUUUCACCGUCUAUGGUUGACUACAUUAAUGCACACGCCACUUCGACUGUAGUCGGAGAUGCGGCAGAAAACGCCGCGAUCAAGGCACUCCUUCUAGGCCCUGAAGGAAAGCGAAAUGCCCGGGAUGUAAAUAUUAGUAGCACCAAGGGCGCUGUGGGUCACUUAUUGGGCGGCGCUGGCGCCGUAGAGGCCUUGUUCACCAUCCUUGCUAUUCAUGAGGUAAGGCCGUCGUCUGGCAGCUUAGUCGAUGCGUCCGGGUACAAGUUCUCUGAAAAAGACACCAAGCCCGGCAAGAUUAGGUUGAAGAAGUCAGCUAAGUUAGGCAAGAAGAAGGGUGAUGAUGCGCCCGACUCCCCCGGUUCAUCACCUAUUCUCCCUGAGAUCGACGAGAAGACUAUGGCUGCUUUUCCUACGGGCAAACCACGAGAAGAGGAUCACUUAGAAGCGGUCAUAUGUAAGACUUGCAAGAGGCCGGUCCUCAAACAGAACGCUGUGGAACAUAUUCGGGGUUGUAUUCGGGCGAAGCAGGAGAAGGCGAGGCGAAAGAAGGAAGCGCGCGAUGCGGCUAACCGGGCCAAGGCGGGUGAUAAGGAUGGUGACGAGGAUGCCGCGGGCGGCGAUGGCGAUGAUUCCAUGAAGGGUCAGAAGAGCGCUAAGAAGAGCGCCGUUAAGGGAAUGGCGGAGGAUGGGACGAAGAAGGGAAAGAAGCGCAAGGCGGAGGGAGAAGACGAUAAGGACAAGGAGCCUAAAAAGAAGAAGAAAAAGGAAGAACCCAAGCCCAAGGUGCCGAAACCGAAAGGACCCGUUGAUGUUGAGAAACAGUGCGGUGUUACUCUGCCAAAUGGUGCUCAGUGUGCGAGAUCUUUGACCUGUAAGAGUCAUUCCAUGGGCGCGAAGCGAGCAGUGCCUGGUCGUUCAUUGCCGUACGAUAUGUUGCUUCAGGCAUAUCAGAAGAAGAAUCAGGCUCGCCAGCAAAAGGCUGCAAUUGAUGCCAAUGCUCCUCUGCAGGACGAUAUGGACAACAACGGCCCUGUCGACUCGGAUGAAGAGAAAGAUGCUGUGAUGGCAGCUAUCACUCGCUCUCACCCACAGCCCAUCAUCACUCACACUCUGAUCUCGACCAAGAAAAAAUAUCAAUAUGUCCGCAUUAAAGAGAUGCUAUCCCACGCUCUGGGUGGUGCGCGCGGUGGUGGACUCUUUUCAACCGGCGAUAGCAAUACCACUUCCAAUGACGGAAACCUCUUCGCUCCUGUGGACGACGUGGUCAUGCCAUCUCCGGUUAUUGCAAGCGCAGAUAACACAACGGAUGUGGACAAUACGACUUCAGCACCAGCCGCCAAGAAACUUUCAAUAUCGGCGAGCUCGUAG